AUUCGGUCCCGGCUUCUGGCAGCCGUCGGCAGGCCGAGCGUGGAGGGUCUGGAGGCCCCCUGCCCUUCCCCACCUCCCCACGACGCCCCCCGCCCCCCAUGCCCCGGGGCCGGGCCCCCGCAGGCCGUGAGGAGGGCGGAUGGGCAGGGUUGAGGCCGGAGGAAGGAAGAUGAGUGAGACUGUGCCCCCGGAGCCCGCGGGGAGCCCCGAGAGGCUGCAGGAACUGGGAUGGUAUCACGGCAACCUGAGCCGCCACGCGGCGGAAGCCCUGCUCCUCUCCAACGGGCGGGACGGGAGCUACCUCCUCCGGAACAGCAAUGACCGGACCGACCUGUACUCGCUCUCAGUGAGAGCCAAGGAGUCCGUCAAGCACUUCCACGUGGAGAACGUAGGGUCUUCCUACAAGUUUGGCUUUAACGAGUUCUCCAGCUUAAAGGAAUUUGUCAAGCAUUUCGCCAACCAGCCAUUAAUUGGGAGCGAGACAGGCACCCUGAUGAUCCUGAAGCAUCCUUAUCCGUGCAAGGUGGAAGAACCGUCCAUCUACGAGUCCGUCCGGGUCCACACGGCCAUGCAGACCGGAAGGACCGAACACGAUCUGCUUCCGAGCGCCCCUUCGCUGGGGACCAAGGAGGGGUAUCUGACGAAACAAGGAGGUCUCGUGAAGAGCUGGAAAACCCGGUGGUUCACGCUCAAUCGGAACGAACUCAAGUACUUCAAAGACCAGAUGACGCCGGAGCCCAUCCGCACCCUGGACCUCACCGAGUGCUCGGCCGUGCAGUUCGAUUACACGCAGGAGAGAGUCAACUGUUUCUGCCUAGUGUUUCCAUUCAGGACAUUUUAUCUGUGUGCAAAGACUGGAGUGGAAGCGGAUGAGUGGAUUAAGAUAUUGCGGUGGAAACUGUCGCAGAUCAAAAAGCAGCUGGAGCAGAGAGAAGGCACCCCGACCUCCGAGCCACCCCCACACAGGCCGUCCUUCCGGAGCUGAGUCCGCGCCCCGGACCCACCCUCAGCCGCCACGGCCACGGCCGCGCCUCCCACCGCCGUGGCCUUCCCUCCCGCUGCGUUUCCCCCCCCGCCGCCGACCACCGCCUCCAUAGCCUUGGUCCCACCCCUCCACCCAACCCACGCCGGGAGACCGACCCCAGGGGCCAAGGGGUCCCGCAGCCCGGGCCCGGUCUUGAGCCCCGGACGACGAGAGCCACUGGGCUGACCCCAGAUGGACCCGUCUCCCCCAAACCCCGACCUCCCCUCACCGGAGGCUCGGGCCGGAAACCGGCCACCCACCGCCGCCCCCGAGAGCCGCGGAGCCCGUUCGGCGCUCACUAGGGGCGUUCGGGCGGCUACGGGAUGAUCCGAACGGACACGGGCCCCGGUCCGCACGGAGCUCACGACUUGAGGAGGGAGAAGGGGUGGUUCAGCCCCAUCGUACGGAGGAGGCGACCGAGGCACGGGACCUUAAGUGACCUGCCCGAGGCCACGCGGCUCAGCCCAGGCCCCGGGCAGAGGUGGAAUAUGGUUCGGAGUGGAGGGGGCAACCGGGUCGGACCCCAGGAAACUCCAGCUACGAGGGGCACGGAUGGGAACCAGCGAACGAUCCAAGGACGCUGAGUGCCUGGAAAGAGCAAACGCCGGGCCAGGUGCUGUCUGAAGCCAAGGAGGAGGAGCCGGGCUUGGGGCCACGUGAGAGAAUAGACCACGGAGUUGGGAAGACCAACAUAAUAAUGAUAAUAAUCGCAUUUAUUAAGCGCUUACUAUGUGCCACCCGACGUACUGUGCGCUGGGGUGGA